AUGACUGGAGGAGGAAAACAACCGAAAGUGGACCACACGCAAACGGACUCGAUGAACUUAAAAGUCUUGCGGAGGGACGACCCUUCGAUCCAAACUAUCCUCGGAUCGGCAUCCUCGAUCGCGAUGUACGAGUUGGACAUGCAAACGACGAAGUGGCACCGGAAAAACGUGGAAGGAUCCUUAUUCGUGGUCGAACGGAAAAAAAGUAGCAGUAAUAGCAGUAGUAGAUUUCAAUUCAUCGUCUUAAACCGGUUAUCGGACGAACGGUUCGUGGAAUCGAUCGCGAAAGAUGCGGAGUUUGAGAUGAGCGAGAAGUAUUUGCUCUAUAAGACGGACACGGACGAAGUGAACGGAGUGUGGUUUUACGACGAGAAAGAACAGACGAACAUAUACGAAAUCAUUCAAAGAGCACAAGAAAUGGAAAGGAGUGGAAUAUAUGCGAAUAACGGUGAAGAAGGUGGUGGUGGUGGUGGUACCGGUACUACUAAGAGCGGCGGCAGCUCCAUCGAGGACGUCGCGUCGUUGUUUCAAUCGGCGAUGUCGGGCUUCGGUGGAGGCGCCGAAAAGCCGGCGAAACCGAAACCAAAGAAAGAAACUAAUAUCGCCGCCGGGAAAAAGAAGAGCGGUGGUGUUGGAAGUAGCGCGGGAGAAAACAGCAGCGGCGCGAUGAUCACGAGAGAUGCCAUCCGGAACGCCAUGUUACGAUUGGCCACGAACGACCAAUUUCUCGACGCCGUCGCGAGCGAGUUGAACCGCUAA